AUGAGAGCUAUGGAUGACGCCGUAGGGAGAACAGGCAAGGACAAGAUACAAGAGGGAGGAGACCACGGAAGGAGAGACCCAACUGCUGCUCGUGAAGCAAAUAUGGACGGAAGAGACGAGCUGGGCAUCAUCUUUGACGAGCAACACUUUCACUGUAGAGAAGCCGUCACACAUUUGGACCCAGGAAUAGCGCCUUUGUUCGAUUAUGAACCUCUUUUCUCCAAGCAAAUCGAUCCUCAGCCAUUUUGUUCCAUUUCGGACGAUCUGUUCAAAUGCCAUGAUCAUAUGGCAUUGUCAGAUCACAGCAUGAAUUUUGUACAAGAAGUUAUGGCGGAGGGUGAGAGCAAACAAGAAGACUUAACGCGGGAGCUGCCAUCGCUGAGUCGGCCCCCGACUAUGGAAGAUCAGUCGCCUCCCCAGCCCGCAUUUCAGCCAUCGAUAGAUGAGAAGCAAGAAGGCCUUCAGAAGACUGAAGCCGUCGAAGAGCUGCCAACCUUCAGUCCCUGCAACGAGCAGCUUGAGGACUUGAAGUCGUACCUUGAGUGUCUGGACUCAGUGGGCAGAACCUACGGAGCUGUCAAGGUCAAACUUCCACAAGGCUGGAGGCACAAGCACAUGAAGAGCGACCUGUCCAGGCUGAACACUUUGAAGUUCCACUGCGAGUCCAAAACCCUUCGAUACAAACAACUGCCUGGCUGCGACCUGGUGGUGGCCGGCGACGUCGAGUUGAGAAGCUUUCUGGAGCUUCAAGACUCCCUCCGUUCGAUCAGAACUCACAAGGAGGAUGGCGAGAAGACGAUCAAGGCAACAGCAGAUACUUUCUCCCUGCUCCAUGCACCUUCUCACGAGAACCUCUUUGCUCCUGUGGCUGAACACGCUGAGUCCUAUCCCUGCGUGCUUUCAUUGGGCAGCGAAAUCACGGCGAGCGGGUGGAGCCAGACGGAGCAUGAGACGAUGGUGUGUUGCGUUCACGUCGGGGGCUCGAGAACGGCCUACGUGGUGCCUCCGGCGCACCGCGAAGAUCUCUCGCAGCUUUCAGACCGGAUGAGAGCAGAAGUGAGGAGCAAGCAUGGAAAACUAAACGAGAAGGAUGAGCUGCUGAUCGACCCCGAGGAGCUUGCCAAGAACGGCAUCCCUGUCCGGAGGGCAACAUUGGGACCGGAUGAAGUGAUCAUUCACUGGAAGGACGCAUCUCAUCUCUUUGUUGAUGAAGGUUUCAUCUGCAACGAGACUGACUGGAUUCCGGUGCUGUACCAGUUCUUGGACUGCAAAAGUUUGAUCACGAUCUGCGACUUGACUUCCAAGAGCGCCGAAGUGCGCUCUCGGCUUUCUCCACUAGAGUCUGACAACUCGAGCUGCAAGCUGUUGGACGAUGCCGAGGAUGCAAACCAGCCUGAGUGGGCGGUCCGAAGGAGGCGCAAGAGAGUCUUGACCCAUCAAGGAACCAAGUCGAUCCUGAGUGCACCGGUCGAACUGAAGAACAAGAACUGCCACUACUGCGAGCACGCGCCGAAGCGAUGUUCCAACUUCACAUGCCUUAGCCCCAACUGUGAUCAGAAAUUCUGCGACAAGUGCUGCAAGCUACACCUUCACAACCCGACGCACUUCAAGUCUCAAGAUGACGCUGACCGGCUCGAUUGGCGAUGUCCUGUAUGCACAAGGAAAUGUUGCUGUACGAUGGAGACGUGCCAUCAAGAUCACAUUCACUGCAAGAGGUACAGAAGGAGAAUGAAGAACAUGCUCCAGGCCUUCGACUAUUAUUUUCAAUGA